CUAAUACAAUAACAACAAGAGUGUGUGUAUACAAUCAAAGUAUCUAAAAUACACUCAAACGUUACUGAAUACCAAAAAAAAAUGGCAGCUGUUUUGAUCGAAUUGGUGACGAUGGUUGUCCAGGCCGGGGAUUUGUACCUGCUACAAAACCCAAUUCAUCAUUUCGAUAUUAUGGACAAGACGGAUUAUCUCCGGGCCAUCGCCUGCGGUGUUGUUAUAUUCUCGUGCUUGGUCCCUCCACUUACUGGGUUGUAUGGUUCUUGGGCCGGAAUGCUACAUAUGCUAUCAGUGAGCUUGUACCUCAGCGCUAAUAUCAUCUACCACCUGGAGUACAUCAAGCGGUAUGGCGGCGACCUGGCCGACCCAACGUUCUAUUCCGUCGUCGUUGUCACAAGUGCACUUUUGUGUGCGUUGAUAUUCUUGGAGGGCGGCGUCCACAAAAAGGUUGUAGUUGAUGAGAAACUGAAGGCUAAAAAAGUCGAGUAAGAGGUGUACUGAGUGUUAUAGACUCAGUCAAUCUUCGACAUAGUGCCAAGUGGGGUUCAAUUCUUUCAAUAGAAAAUUGAACGAGCCUGUGCACAGCUUAGAUUCUUGUUGAUCUCGACCACUGGCGAUUUGCUUGAACGCUACCACUGUACUAGAUCUAGAUGUACAACGCAUCUUAUAGUGCCUCCACAUCAGUCUGUGCUCGUACAUACUGUUUGUGUGCACUCGCACUUGCCAGUCAAUAUCUGCUGCUCAGCGUAUUUCUUCCAUUAUUUUUAAAGUCCAAAGGGCAUUUGGUAUCAGGAAGAAAGUCUAGUGCAGUCAAAAAAGUGAAAUACGGUAUAAACCAGUAGCGACGAAACGGAAGUAUCGAAAGAGUGGUAGAGUGGCGAUCAUUUAAUCCAAUCGCCGCACUGUUGACGGCGGUAGCGUGUGAAAUUUACUGCUUUUUUUCACCAUAUUGUUGCAAUGAUUCGAUCUAAAGCGUACCUUAGGUGACAAUGGGAGAAUAAAUAGUUCAUCUAGGCCGA